GAAGGAGGGUACCAGGAUGGGAAAUAUGUUUCAAAGUGAAAACAGCGCAUGUUUUUUUUUUUUUUUUUGAAGUUAAAGCGGGGCUGGAAAAGGAGGCCGCUCGCGCCGCGGAGCCCGUCUCGGGAUGGUCUGACGCGCGGAACGGGUUAAACGGAGGAGGCGCCACGGAUGAAAGCGGGGGCAGUGAUGGGGAGGGAUGGAGGAGGGGGGGGGGCGGAGCCUCAGCCCUCAGCUGCUGCGCCUCGUCACAUUGCUGCGGAACAUGAUCGCGGCGACACGCUCCACCCGUGCGGGGCUCGAUCGGUGAACGCGCGCGGACGCCAAGCGGCGAGCUUUUGCUGAGGAAUCCGCAGGCAAGCGGCGGGGAGCACCGGGGACGCCGGUUUCGGAUCGACUUGCUGUGUUGCGGGCUCGGUGGACGAGGCUUUUGAAGGGACGAAGGCGGACUGUUUAAAAAAAAAAAAAAAAAGCUGCAGUCGGACGGGAUCCCCUCGUUCGUAGACUGACUGGUUCGCGUGCGCUUUCCGCUUUGGGAUUUAAACCGGCGCAUUCGUGUUUUUUUUUUCGCCUCCUCCUUUUUUUCAGGUCUCCCCUGCAGCAUGCAGAUUGUAUUAAAUGUCCUCCACUAGCUUCACAUCCCGUUAAAAAAAAAAAAAAAAACGGCAUGGCACAUUGUGAAAUGGAUCUAUCACUUUUGCUGUGAUCCGGUUUUGCUGCUCUCUGUUCCUACCUCGGCUGCUCUAGUUUGAAUUUUUUUUUUUAUUUUUAUUUUUUCGUGUGAGUAGGGGUGGGGGGGGGGUGUCACGACCGCCCGUUUUUGUUGUUUUUGGCCCGUAUGAUGUACGAAAGUGUGGACGUAGUGGGACUGAACCCCAGCCCGAACCCCUUUUUGAUGAUGGAUUACUACAACCAGAGCAGAGGGUGUCUGCUCCCGGAGAAAGGUCUGGUGCCCGGGGGCCCUCACCCGUACAGCUCGUCCGUCAGGAACCAGCACUGGAACGGCUCCAAUCACUCGAUAGAGACGCAGAGUACCAGCUCGGAGGAGAUAGUGCCAAGCCCGCCCUCGCCUCCCCCGCCGCCCCGCGUCUACAAGCCCUGCUUUGUGUGCCAGGACAAGUCCUCAGGGUACCACUAUGGUGUCAGCGCCUGCGAAGGCUGCAAGGGCUUCUUCCGGAGAAGCAUCCAGAAGAACAUGGUGUACACCUGUCACCGGGAGAAGAACUGCAUCAUCAACAAAGUCACCCGAAAUCGCUGCCAGUACUGUCGGCUUCAGAAGUGCCUGGAAGUCGGAAUGUCCAAGGAAUCUGUGAGAAACGACCGGAACAAGAAGAAGAAGGACGAAAAGAAGCAGGAGUGCACAGAGAGCUACGUGCUGAGUCCCGACACCGAGCAAAUGAUUGACAGAGUCCGCAAGGCCCACAAGGAAACGUUCCCCUCCCUCUGCCAGCUCGGCAAAUACACUACGAACAACAGCUCGGAACGACGCGUGUCCUUGGACGUGGACCUCUGGGACAAGUUCAGCGAGCUGUCCACCAAAUGCAUCAUCAAAACGGUGGAAUUCGCCAAGCAGCUCCCCGGCUUCACGACGCUCACCAUCGCCGACCAGAUCACCUUGCUCAAAGCCGCCUGUCUGGACAUCCUGAUACUGCGGAUCUGUACACGCUACACCCCAGAGCAAGACACCAUGACAUUCUCGGACGGACUCACGCUAAACCGGACCCAGAUGCACAACGCCGGCUUCGGGCCGCUCACCGACCUGGUCUUCGCCUUCGCCAACCAGCUGAUCCCGCUGGAGAUGGACGACGCGGAGACAGGGCUGCUCAGCGCCAUCUGUCUGCUGUGUGGAGAUCGUCAGGAUCUGGAGCAAGCGGAGAAGGUGGACAUCCUGCAGGAGCCGCUUCUGGAGGCACUGAAGAUCUACGUGAGGAAGAGGAGGCCCCACAAACCCCACAUGUUCCCCAAGAUGCUGAUGAAGAUCACCGAUUUGAGGAGCAUCAGCGCUAAGGGGGCGGAACGCGUCAUCACGCUGAAAAUGGAGAUCCCGGGCUCCAUGCCCCCCCUCAUCCAGGAGAUGCUGGAGAACUCCGAGGGCCUCGAAAGCGGCGCCUCGGGGGGCCGCCCCUGCGCCACGCCGCCGGGCAGCUACAGCCCCAGCUUGUCCCCGAGCUCCGCCCAAAGCAGCCCGGCCACGCAAUCGCCGUAGUAACGGCCAACCUUGGGUAUUUUUCUUUUUCCAUUUUUUUUUUCCUUUUCCCGUUUUUCACUCACGCCAGUCGAUCAGAGGAGAAGCGAAGGAGGAGGUCUUGACUGCUGACGGACGGGGACUGCCCUCCUUCCUGUUCUGCUUUUCCUUACGUGGGGGGCGUGGGGGGGGGGAGAUUCCCGAGACCUCACCGUAAACACUGCUGACUCCUCCUCCUCCUCUUCCUCCUGCUCUUCCUCCUCACUCCACUGCCGCGCCUCCGCCGUUCUCCAGAAAGCUGUCGGAAAGGUCACGUGAAUGCGGCGCGCGGUAAAGGAAGCGAAAACGGCCGGAAUGCGAAGUGGCAAAAACUUCUGGAUGGAUUUUUGACAAACACAAGACACUUUUUUUUUUUUUUCAUUUUCUUUUUUUUUUGUGGGGGGGGUUGUUGUCGUCGUCGUUGCUGUUGAUUAUGCAGACUACAAGCUCGGGACUUGUCGAAAAACCCUCCUCCUCCUCCACUUCCUCUUCCUCCUCAGAGACUGCGGGUCUUUUCUCUCUUCCCAGCUUCGAAAAAACAACGAAAAAAAAACAAAAACAAGAUUUCGUACACAAAGAUAUAUAUAUAUAUAUAAAUAUAUAUAUAUAUAUAUAUAUAUAUAUAUAUAUAAAAAGUUAAGGAACUAUUGCGAUUGAAUGGAAGGCUGCGACGAGAACGCGUUUUCUGAGAUUACAGAUUGUUGUACUCCUUCGUUGUUUUGCCCAUCGUGAGGGGGGGAGGGGGGGGAGUUUGAUCACACGUGUACAUUUUUCUGAUUAACAAAAAAAUAAGCAAAAGAGAAUGCCAUUUCCUUCCAGUCCUCAGAUGACGACUACACACACACGCGCACACAAACACACUAACGUGCACAGAAAAAUAAGUUGCAAUGAAAAAUGAUGCAUCUAUUUCUACUCUUCCAGGUUCUUUUAUUUUAUUGCCUCCGAGAAUAUGGGGAAGAAAAAAAAAAUGAUUGUAUGAACUUUGUUGUAUGAUAACGGUCACAGGUCCUUUCAAGAAAUCCAAUUAAUGAAGAUUCAUUAUUAAGGUGUAUUUUAAGUAGCCUUUUUUGAGUUUGUGUAUAUAAGCUGUAUUAAUUUCUUAAAAACUAUGAAGAGUUUUAGGCUUCACCUGAUUUUUUUUUUUUUUUUUUUUUAAGAAUACCUUUUAUGUGUUUUGUUCCUGGGUUUGUGAUUCAAGAAAAAAAAAUACAUUUUGAGCACACUUUACUGAAGGAUGUUCUUUCAUGUUAUGUGUCCGACUAAUUACUGGACAGACCCUUAAACCCCCCCCCCCCCCCCCCCCCCGGCACUGGGUGUCCACAAUGUGGUUGAUGUUCAUAAAUACACCCCUCUGUGUGUGUGUGUGUUCAUAACAUUAAUGACAACAGUAGCUCUCCAAUUAUUAUUAUUAUUAUUUUUUUUUUUUGUCCAUGUAGCAGAAACAAAUGUGGUGUUUUAUUUUGCUCUCGGGGGGAGGGGGGGGAGACAACAUGGAUGCCACUUGCAGCUUGGCAGGCUCGGGUUUUGCGGCUUCAGAGUGUGCAAAUGUGAAGAAGGGUGUACUGUACACACUGUAUUAAAAACACGAGUCUCAUUCAACGCCGAUUGGGUCAAAAACGUCUAUGCGGUGGUGCUUUGGAAUAUGAGUGACCGGACCUCACGAGUUUUUCAAGAUACAAACCGUCAGGCAGACAUUUUUUUUUUAAACUUGAGAUACGAGCACUGUAUGGUGACAGGAAAGUGAGUUAAAAAUUAUUUUAAGAAGAGGCUUCAAGCUGUUUCAUGCUAUUUUUUCACACAAAGAUUACAUGCAAACUAAACAAAAAUAAUUACAAGUAAACAAGUAAACAACUUUGCCUUUGAAGUGCCCCUGUAAGCUUAAUGCGACCACAUAAUAGAAAACAAUUCGUAAAAAUUGGUGUCAAUGGUGUUAUAAAACCUCCAAGCAAUGGAUAUUUGAACACAAACGGUAAUGCAACCCAUGUAGAUUGACAAUACCACCAUACUCAAAGGCAUGUAUUCUGCAAAAAAAAAAAAAAAAAAGACAAAUAUUGGCAUGGUAGUUCAGCCGGAAAGUGUUGGCCUCACAGUUCUGAGGUCCAGGGUUUGAUCCCGGCCCUGCCUGUGUGGAGUUUGCAUGUUCUCCCUGUACCUGCAUGGGUUGCCUCCGGGCACGCCGGUUCCCCCCCCCCCCCCACGUCCCAAAAACAUGCAACAUGAAUUGGACACUCUAAAUUGCCCCUAGGUGUGAUCGUGAGUGCGGCUGUUUGUCUCCACGUGCCCUCCGAUUGGCUGGCAACCAGUUCAGGGUCUCCCCCGGCUCCUGCCUGCUGACAGCUGGGAUCGGCUCCAGCACUCCCUGUGACCCUUGUGAGGAUAAGCAGCAAAGAAAAUGGAUGGAUGGAUAGUGUCAAGGGUGUUAGUAAACCUUCAGGCAAUAGGUAUUUGAACACAAAUGGUAAUGCAACCCAUGUAGAUUGACAAUACUACCAUACUCAAAGGCAUGUAUUAUGUAAACAAAUUGACUAAUUUUGCAGCUUACCGAGUCAAAGUAUUGGUGACUUGUCGGUAUGACUGUCAUAGUGUCCCCUAGUGGCCAAGUCAGACACACCACAAGGAGUGGCUCCUUUGACUGACUGAAUUGAAGCACGAAAUCACCAUGUCAUGUCAUUAUCCAAGCCGCUUAUCCUCACAAGAGUUGCGGGAAAGCUGUAGCCUAUCCCAGCUAGUUAAGAGCGGGCUACACCCUGAACUGGUGAAAUCACCAUGUAUAAAUGCUUUAACUAGUAAGUUUCUUUCGGCUUGUCCCGUUAGGGGGGUCGGCACAGCGUGACAUCUGUUUUAAUAAAUUACAAUAUAAUAGAAUGCUUUUUUUUUUCCUGAUUCAAAAAUGCACGCCCAAAAAUGUUGUUUGUGAGGAGGUCCGAACGGAAUAACGGCUUUCCCAUUCAUUUCAAUGGAGAAUGAUUAUUUGAGGGUGCAGUGUUUCGAGCGGGGUCACGGAAUGCGUUAAACGGCACCACCGUAUAGAUGACCGCACUAAAUUUACGGUAAAAAUCAAUGUUUUGGUGGCUUUUUAUGACAGUUCUUCUGUCAUUUAUUUUAUUUUAUUUUGUUUUUUUGGGCCCGUGGGUCCUUGGACCCCCCAACCCCUGCAAGACCUGCAUUCAUACCCCCUCGAGAGUUUAGUUUUUUUUUUUGUUUUUAUUUUUGUGGAACAACCCUGCACCCUGUGAUCACUUUACACCAAAACGCCUUCACUUCCGUCGUCAUUAGGCCGCCAUUACUGUAAACUCACGCACGCCAACGUCUCAGGAAGGAAUCAUUUUUGUAUGCUUGGCCUGUCCUUUGGAUUUGUUCUGUACUGCACUCCCCGCCAUCUUGUUCUCUUUCUCUCUCUCUCUCUCACACACACAUACUGCUACUGAGCCCCGAUAUUUUCCUUCAGUCACAUGCCCCGCGCACAAAAAAAAAAAACAAUAAAAAAAAUGAAAGAGACCCAGCGACAUCCGUCAUGGUCCAAGCUGCUUCCCUCGUCCGAAAGAGCGCACAAUUUGACUCUCUCUCUCUCUCUCUCUCUCUCUCUCUCUCCACGGCUCAUCUGGAUUACACACAUUUGAGAAAUAUGGAUUGUAUUGAUUUUUUUUUUGGG